AUGUUCACCGCACGAGGUUUCGCUCGCUUUUCGCGACGAACUACAACCGUCGCUAGGGCAAGCACAGCCUUCUUUACGAGGCCUAGUGCUUUACAGCUCGCUGUUCGCAAUUAUGUAGCAGAACCAAAGCAGACCGUUGGGCACAUUCGUUCGGUGAUUGGUGCUGUCGUUGACGUUCAGUUUAAUCAGGAUACCUUGCCUCCUAUAUUAAAUUCUUUAGAAGUGCUUGACCACAAAGGUGGUCGUCUUGUAUUGGAAGUUGCUCAGCACUUGGGUGAAAAUACCGUUCGUACUGAAGGUUUGGUUCGUGGCCAGGAAGUUCUCGAUACUGGGAGUCCUAUCAGCAUUCCAGUUGGUCCAGAAUGCUUGGGUCGUAUUGUCAAUGUCAUCGGCGAACCCAUAGAUGAGCGUGGACCAGUAAAGACAAAAAAGAAAUCGGCCAUUCAUGCUGAACCUCCAGAAUUCGUGGAUCAGUCCACCACGCCUGAAGUUUUGGAAACUGGUAUUAAAGUCGUAGAUUUAUUAGCCCCUUAUGCCCGAGGUGGUAAAAUCGGUCUUUUCGGUGGUGCCGGUGUUGGUAAAACAGUAUUGAUUCAAGAACUUAUUAAUAACGUUGCCAAGGCACAUGGUGGUUACUCUGUGUUUACUGGUGUCGGUGAGCGAACACGCGAAGGUAAUGAUUUGUAUCAUGAAAUGAUACAAACUGGUGUCAUUAAACUCGAUGGCGAGUCAAAAGCUGCGCUAGUAUUCGGACAAAUGAAUGAGCCACCAGGUGCUCGUGCUCGUGUUGCCUUGACUGGAUUGACAAUUGCUGAGUAUUUCCGUGAUGAGGAAGGCCAAGACGUAUUACUGUUUAUCGAUAACAUCUUCCGCUUUACACAAGCUGGUUCGGAAGUGUCUGCCUUGUUGGGGCGUAUUCCUUCGGCUGUAGGUUACCAACCAACUUUGGCUACUGAUAUGGGUAGUAUGCAAGAGAGAAUUACUACUACAAAGAAGGGAUCUAUUACAUCUGUACAAGCUGUAUACGUGCCUGCUGAUGACUUGACAGAUCCGGCUCCUGCUACGACUUUUGCCCAUCUUGACGCUACAACUGUCUUGUCUCGUCCUAUCGCUGAAUUGGGUAUCUAUCCCGCGGUCGACCCUCUUGAUUCUAAAUCACGUUUAUUAGAUCCACGUAUUGUGGGUGAAGAACAUUAUGACAUAGCUACCAAAGUACAGAAGAUUCUUCAAGACUACAAAUCUCUUCAAGACAUUAUUGCUAUUUUGGGUAUGGACGAAUUGUCAGAAGAGGACAAGAAAGUCGUCGAGCGAGCGAGAAAGAUCCAGCGUUUCUUGAGUCAACCCUUCCAAGUAGCUCAAGUCUUCACUGGUUUUGAAGGAAAACUCGUCUCACUGAAGGAUACCAUUCGAUCGUUCAAAGAAAUUUUGGAUGGCAAAUGCGAUGAUCUGCCAGAUAACGCUUUCUACAUGGUUGGUGAUAUUGACGAUGCCAGGAAGAAGGCUGAAGCCAUUGCAAGAGAACUCGCUUCAUAA